GUUUCUCGUGGAGGAGGAGGAGCCCCUCGGCGUGCAGGCCCCCAGGAUCCCGCCCCAGCUGCUGGACACCAUUCAGUUCCCCGAGGAGUACAUGGGAGCCCUGCGAAUCACAAUGAUGGCGGUAGACAUCCGGAAGUGCUUCAAGCUGAUCUUUGAGGACGACACGUUUAGGCAGGUGGAUCUCUUCAACCCUAAGCCUAAGAGGAGCAGGAGAUUCUUCGCACUGAUCUAUGACUUCUUGGUGUUCACGGACAGCGUGUUCAAGGAAGUGGAGGAGCGGGAAGAAAAGGUAAUGUGGAGACCUCGUUAUUUUGCAAAGCCGUACAGAGUUAGAGCAGAGAGCACAACAAAGUGUAGGAUAAGGUUAGGGGAGGAGAGAGUGGAGGAGGUGACUGAGGUGAAAUGUUUAGGGACAGUUGUAUGUAAGCAUGGAAGGUGAGGUGAGGGAAAGAGCAGUGAAGGGCAGACAGGUGGUGGGUGCAUUGGGGAGAGUUGUGAGAGGAAGAAGUGUGAGCAUGGCGGUAAAGAGGGGAACAAGGAACAGUAUUAUCCUGCCAACUCUGUCGCAUGCAUCAGAGACGUGGACAUGGAGUGCAGCGCAGCAAUCAAGAAUACGUGCAGUGGAAAUGAGUUGUACAAGAGGUGCGUGUGGUGUGUCAGGAUGGCAUGGAGGAAGUAAUGGAAGUGUGUGUGAGAGGUUUGGUAUGGGUGU